AUGGCCCGCUGGCUUCUGCUGCUUCUUCUGCGGCUGUUGUAUCUUGUUGAUGCAUUUCUUGCCAUGUCUGCAGAAGUAACUUACAAUUCUCUGCGGAUAUUGGUCUUUCCGGUGUAUUUUAAAUGUUCCUGGUUACACUGGGAUUUACACUAUUUUCAAUGUAAGAAGGUGAAGUGGGUGAAGGAGCUGAAGAAUGUUGGUACAAGUAGAAGUGUUUCUGACCUGGUGAUCUUCCUGGGAUUUCCCCCAAUGUUUGGCUGUUUGGUGGGUCGCAAGCUGAUGGGCAGUUGUUCGCUAUGGUCCAGGGUAUUUGUGGUUCAGCCCCGCACGCUUGUUCCCCGUUGUGUCGAUCCCCUCUCCGCUCGCCUCCUCCUCUCCCGGGUCGCUGCACCGCCGGCUCAGCCGCUUCUCCUGCGUCUUAUCCUCCCCGCUCCUCUCCUCACAGUUGAGUCCUCAACCAGAUCGGCGUCCAUCUUCAGCGGCGGCGGCAUCUUCAGUGGAGGAGGCGGGUGGUCGUGGCGGGGGCAUCUUCAGCGGUGUCGCCGGACGAGCUCCACGCGUGGGGGAGAUAUCUCCACGGGCCCGCGCAACCAUGUCCCCUUGCUCACGUCGGCCUCACAAAGAAGAGGUCUAGUCCGCCCGUGCCGCCGAGGAGGGGGAGCAGCCGCGCCCGGAGUAGGUCGUCCCCAACGCCUGCAUCUAGUCGUCGACCUUAACUAUACUGCAGUCGCCGCUGCUGGUCGAGGUCGCCCAGUUGACACCGGCCCCGCCGGAGUGCAGCUCAUCCUGCCCGAGGACAUGAUACGAAAGGGAGGGACGCCGGCGGGUGAUUCCCCCCAUUCUGCCAAGGCCAAGAUGGGGCAGAAGAUGUCAUUGGCGCAUCGAAGGCUCUCUUUGCUUGAUGAUAUCAUUAGCAUCAGUAGGCACAUCGCUGCUGCUGCUGCUGCGGCGGCGGCGGCUGAUGAUGAUGGUGGUGCUUUUGAGCUGAUGGCAAGAACCUUCACGGAACCAUCUAAUCUCAUAUGUCUGCAUUCAGGAUGAGGAGUUCGCUGCUGAUGUUCCUCAGAAAAAUACAGGAAUUUGUGACAGCAAUGACGACUUCGUUCCAUUGAUAGGACAAUGUUGAUGCCAUCAAAGCGAAAUACAUCAUCGAGGCUGCUAACCACCCAACAGACCCCGAGGCCGACGAGGCAAG